UGAGUUUAAACUAUUACAUAGUGAUACUCAAUUGUGUCACUCAAUACUUGAUAUUGUAUUAAAUUUUGUUGUAAUUUGUGACAAAAGGUAAUGCCUUUGAUGACCGCAGAAGUGGCUACAAUAAAAAAUUAUUCCAUUCCAGUAAUACAGAAACAGAAUCAAGAUCAACUGAGAAGAGGAUAAAAAAAAGAAGAGUUUCGAAAAAUGGAACGCCUAUCGGCGAUAAGCAUCCACCGAGAGAUGAUGAAAAUUCCCAGGAAGCUACUGGAAGUGGGGUGAAUGGAGAGAAACCAAAGCACUUGAAAGAAACGGCUAUUCCUCUGCCGGAUUCAGGAUCAUGUCAACUGAUUUACACCUGCGUUUAUUGUAAUCAGUCGUUCUUAACCAAAAGCGUGGCCUACACUCAUGUUUGCGACAAUAUGAUGAAUAACUGUAAACGAGACGACGUGGGGGAGCGCAGCAACUCGUACACGUGUGAGCUGUGCUACCAGGUGUUUAGCAGACAGGCGGUGCUGCAGGCGCACAGGGUCGGCCACAUGCAGGAGUCGAGUGGCGAGGGGUCGGGCGACGAGGUCUAUGACGAGGACGCCUGCGUCUUCGGCCAGAAGAGGCGCAAAAAGCGUCGUGGCGGUCGAGUCACGCGCGAUGGCCUCGACUACAAGCCCUUCUUCCAGGAGAACGACCAAGAGACUGAAUAGUUUUUCUUGCCCAUUCACCAAUCCAACUUAUUUGCAUUAUUUUCUGCUCAAAGAAGAAGAAAUUUAAUAGUUUUUUUUGCAAUAUACAUUUUUGUGAAUUCAUCAAAUUUAGUUUGUUUUAUUCUAAGAAGAAACUGAAUAGGUUAUUUGGAAUCAACAAUUAUUGAUCUAUCAGAAGUUCAUCAAAUUUGGAUUGUUUUAUACUUAAAAACUGGAUAGUUUUUAGUUGGUUUUAUUCGAAGGAGAAGAAACUGAAUAAGCUAUUUGCAAUGAAAUAUUGAGCUAUGACUCAUCACAAGUAGUUUAUCAGAUUUGGAUUGUUUUAUUCGAAGAAACUGGUUAGUUUAUACACUAGACAUUUCAUGACUGAUUAACAACCACGAAUUUGGGUAGUUUUAUUUGCAGAAGAAACUAAGUAGUUUUUUCUAUGGAUAUUUUGCGAUAUUUAACGAUUAAAAGAGUUCAACAAAUUUGGAUAGUCGUAUUUCAACUAUCCAAAACGCUAUAAAUUGGUUUUAAGAUUUUCAUCUGUCGAGAAUUGUAGGGAAUAAAUUAUAAUAUAAAUGUGGAGGUCACUCCAUAAUAUAAAUAUUUAGGGUAAUACUUUAGAUAGUAAAGAUAUCUAGAUUUAGGGUAUUGCAAUGACGGAUGCAGAAAUGAUUUAAUGAUAAGAAUAGUAUUCCAUGAAGUAUAAAAUUACAAUUUUUAGUCAAUUAAACUGCAAAGUGAAUUACUACAAAAAUUAUAUAAAAACCUAUAAUGAACACAUGUUUUUAUUCAAAUUAGUUCUAUCAUUUUUACUAUUAUCCUAUUAUGCCAGCAAUUUCUGUAUAUUGUUCAUAUUUUUAUAUCUGGUUAUUUAUGUUCAACGGAACUCGAAAACGGCUCUAACGAUUUUCACGAAAUUUGGAACAUAGUAGGUUUAUGAUAUAAAAAUUCGAUUGCACUAGGUCUCAUCCUUGGGAAAACUCGCUGCAUGACAUUAAAAGGAUAAUUCAUCCUUGGCUGAAACAGCUGAGACUCUCGUCGUCUGUGGAUAGUAUAAAGUGAGCGAGCGAUUCUGUGGAAAAUCAAAAUAUCGCAUCUCUGAAAUUCAUCAAGCUAUAGCCAGCUGUAAAAUAUAAACACCACUAUUUUGUAGAGAAUUGUGUUCUGUUUAUCAAUAAAGAUAAAUAACGAGCGAAGCUCGGUGCCCCGAUAUUAUUUCUAUUAUUACUUAGGCCCGGUUGCAUAAAAGCCGGUUAAAUUUUAAUCGUGAUUAAUUUCACGAGAACCAAUCAGAGAAGGUUUUUUCGCAAGCUCUGAUUGUUUCUCGUGGAAUUAAUCACGAUUAAAAUUUAACUGGCUCUUGUGAAGCCAUCACCAAAAACUUAUAAAAUAAUAUAUUCUUAUAAAACUAUUCAAUAAUAAAAAACGAACAAAUUUUAAUUAACGAUACAUUUUCAUACAAUCAAAAUUAAUUCUGUAAUGUACUACAAUUAUUACACUUCAGGACUGACAGGAAACGGAGAGUGGCGGUUGAAAGAGUUAAUAUUAAUCGAGAUUUUACUGGACUGACGAUCAAUGACGUUGAUCAGAACCAACAUUUACAACAUACGGUAAUUAAUGUCGCUGUUGAAACGAAAUAGCUGUGAGCAUUCGAUGAAUGCAUCCAUCUUCCAAACUAUAUUCCAAGUUAGUGCCGGGCAUUGAAAUAGGUGUUUUUCUUUUUUGUAGUUUGUUAUCGAUAUUAGUCUUUACUUAACGUUUUUGACCAGUGGACUAUUGUUACAGCAUUAUCCAUAUAUAUAUAUAUUUUAUAUUGUGAUUGCAUUUGCUUGUAAGUUUAGUUUAUUAGUAUUGAAUUAGUGCAAUUGGUACACCUUUUGCUAGAUGAUAAUCUACACCAAAGUCUUUAGAACAUAACUAAAGUACAAAGUAGUUGCCUUAAUCGUAAUGUUAUACUUUUAUUUAGAGAAGUAUUUUUUCUGUGCAAUAAAGCAGUAUGCUUCUUGAGAAAUACAUCUUAGAAGCUCUUAUAUUCAUUUUAAAUUAAACAACUAUCUGCUGAAUGUUUACGUUCUCUACUGUCAAGAUUAUUUUAUUAAAUAAAUCAGACAUUUUAAACUUCAA